CACCGACCUCACUACUCGAACUCGCGAUUGAGCUAUGCUCCAAUAAACUCUCCAACUGGAAGAAAAAAGCUUGUAUUUGUAUGAGCCAGAGAUAACGAAACGAAAAUGAGGGCUUCGGUUAAUCGGCCCCCAACGCCAACCCCCGAAUCAGAGGAACCGCAAGAUCCCGAGCUCACACUUCGAGAAAUCAUCAACAUCAAGCUGAUUGAGAGCGGAGAGAAAGAGCGCUUGAAGGAGCUUCUCAGGGAAAGACUCAUUGAAUGCGGUUGGAGGGAUGAGAUGAAAUCUCUUUGCAGGGCAUUCGCCAAGAAGAAAGGGAGGAAUAAUGUAACGGUCGAUGAUCUUGUCCAGGUUAUUACCCCUAAAGGCAGAGCUUCUGUUCCAGACUCUGUGAAAGCUGAGUUGUUACAACGAAUUAGAUCAUUUCUUGCAUCGGCUGCUAUAUGAUCGUGAUAGCAUUGUAUCAGUGUGUGCAUUCUCUGAAUGGUAAGAGGCACGAACUCCACAACUAGCUAUCCUGUCAACUGUUGUUUUGUGUAAUAUUAUCUGUAAAGUUUGGACAAGCUUUAUAGGUUACAUCAUGUUUGAAAAAGAGAAAAGCAAAAACGGGGGGUGGGUUUUCUGAGUUCUGUCCAGGCAUGUAAACUUCAGGUCGAGUAUUCUUGUUUCCCAAUCAAUUGCUAGGCAUAGUUCAUGAAAAAUAUUAGAAACACUAAAUUGUAACAUCCUUAUCUACUUGUAUUCCCUCCUGAGUACUUAGUUUGAUUGAAUUGAACGACUCUGGAUCUUGUACU